AUGGAAUUGUCAACAAUUGGAACGAUAUGGAGAAAAUUUGGCAUCAUACAUUCUACAGUGAACUUCGUGUGGCUCCAGAAGAACAUCCAAUUCUCUCUUUCCCUAUAUGCCAGUGGUCGUGCAACAGGAAUUGUUGUCAACUCUGGGGAAGGUGUAAGUCAUACGGUCCCUAUCUAUGAAGGUUAUGCCCUUUCACACGCCAUCAUGCGUCUAGAUCUGGCUGGUCGUGACCUCACAGAUAACCUCAUGAAGAUACUAACUGAGCGAGGCUGGAGUCCGAGUCCCCAAGUUCAUUCGCCGGCAAUUAUGAUUUCAGAUAGAGCAGUGAUCAGCGAUUUGCUUACUCCCGGUGAGCCUCAUUCCAUCAGUCGAUUUUAG